UAAAUUUGAUUAAUUCCAACGAAGUACUCCAACAUUUAGUUAAAUUGUAUGAAUGCAUGAUAACAAUUGCGUUAUCUAUAAUGGAAAUGUACAACUAUCACUUCACACUACUAAUGUCAUGGACAUUUGAUUUCAUAUCUAUCUAUUUUUGUUUUUUAAGGAUUAGUUAUGGAAUGUCAAAUAUUCAUAAACAACUGCAGCUUCUCUUCCUAAAGUGAACAGUAUAUAACAGGACCUGUAUCUAUUAUUGUUAAUUUCAACUUCAAACAUAUUAUUGUUGCAAGAACUUAGAAUAGAAGGCUUGUUAAAUUUCAAAUUAUUUCAAAUAUUAUUCUUCUGAACAAUGCAAAUAUUAAACGAGUAAAAUUCGAUGGAGAAUUGCUGUGGAUAGAACAACAAUUGCUAGGAAAUGAAAAUCAAUCUUCAACAUCAAGUUUCACUUUAAAUGGAAUUAUAAAAUAUUUGUGUCUAUACUUAUCGGGCAAUUAAUCCGGUCCGUUUCAGUUUCACCAACAUUUCAGAGAAUUCAAUAUAUUUUUAAACUGACAUAAUAGUUUACACACAUUUAAAAAGGCGUAUAAAACUUUAUAACAUAUUCUUGGUAAUUAAACGUGGCUGCCAAGACUAAAAAUAGAACAUGGGAUUAAAACGAAAAUUUUGUUUAUUAUCUCGUUAUCUUUAUGAAUAAAUAUAAUCUGACUGUAAACACAAAUGUUUAGAAUAACACGAUAUGUAUUUGACCAAUUUAGUGAACAACUAAAAGGAAUAAUUGUCUUAAAUCCAAAUCUGUUUGAUUCAUUUUAUACAGUUUUGGCUUUCAUUUUUUUUCAAAUUAAAGAAAUUCAGCAAAUCAUUCAGCGCAAAAUGUCCUACAAAUAAUUAAAAUUGCCAGUCGACUCCUCAUGGCGGCAAUUUUUGUUCCCUCGAAAUGACAUAAAGAUCACAAAAUUUAUAGUUUUUACCUAAAUAAAGUAAGUAGAUGUAUUGAUGUUAUUGAUAUUUAAAUGAAAACCGUUCAAACCUUUAUACCUCAACAAUUGCAUAACAAAGAACCACUUAAAAGUUCUAAUACGUAUAAAAAACAGUAGUAAAAGAGGGGCGAAAGAUACCAGAGGGACAUUCAAACUCAUAGAUCGAAAAUAAACUGACAACGCCAUGGCUAAAAAUGUAAAAGACAAACACACAAAUAAUAGUACACAUGACACAAUAGUCAAAGUUUCUUCAUUAACUUUACGCCAGCUAUAUAAGAUGUCAGUGUAGACAACAAUGUUCCUUCAACAUGAGAAAGUGAAACAUCAAAGUUUAAAGAUGAUCCUUAUUGGCAUACAGUGUCGACAAUUAUAUUAUUUGUUUGUGCGUUUCUCGGUGAUGAGUGUUCCUGAGUGUGAUUGUGCUGUAUUUCUGUCUGUAGUAUUGUCAUUUGAUAUAUUUUUUAACAUUGUCAUAUAAGCAGGAGGUUUGUCUAGUCAUUUCAACAAACAAUUUUUUUUUCUUAAAAUGUCUUGUACUAAGUCACGAAUAUGGCAGUUGUUAUUAAAUAGGUAUGUUCUAUGUAUGUUGGCGUUAGUUUCAGACACAAGAGGGUUUUACUGUUUAAUUUCCAUUGCGUAUGUAUAUUUAACUUUAUUUGAACUUUUAUCGAAAAAGUGUAUACUAUUUACGGUAUGUACAAUCACCUACAAAAAAAAAUGUCGGCGUCUUUGAAAAUAUACAACAUAUAAGUACUACAGAAACUUUUUUGUUGGCGGUUUAGUCAAAAUUACAAUGAACAACAGGAGCUUUUUUGUUGGCGUACAUGUUAGAUUUAUUGGUAUCUUUUUUAAUUUAUUUAGUCAGUUGUUUUACAUGUCUGCUAUAUGUGUUAACAAAGUUAUGCUAUGCGUUUUGCAUCAAUUACCUUUUUAUGAAUUAGGCAGUUAGUUUUUCUAGUUUGCUUCGUUUCACAUACCUCUAGACAGGGCCUUAACAGCCGACUAUACAGUAUGUGAUUUAUUUUCUCAUUGAGAAAGGCAGUACGGUUGCUUAUAAUUUCUUACAUUUACUUCAUUUUAAAUCUUAGACUAGUGGAUAGUCUUAUGAGAGAUUAACGGAAAGUGUUGAAACCGACUGUUGACAAAUUAAUAUGAAAAGGGUCGUCUCCAAAGUGACUUUCACGGCGCACUUAGUUUAUGAGAUAUGUUUGUGAAAAUAAAACCAUUGUCCAUAGACGAGAGUACUAUCGUUCCAGCGGCAAAACGCAGUUAAAUUUGAAUUCACAGUUACCAUAGCAGCAUAUUCCAAUCGGAUGUACUUUCAAGUUUAUAAACCAGAUUUUUUUCUACAUAAUGAUGUAGCGUACAAUUAAAAUAAAUCACGUUUUGUGAUAGAAAUAUUUUCCUGUUCCACAGAUACGAAAAAAAGAAAGUUUAGUUAACCAGGUGUAGGAGAAGUGAGAACAUAUACAGUAAUCAGUGCUGAUGAAAAUUAAUUGAUAGAUGUGUGACAACUAAUUAGAGGAUCUGGAUGCCAUUCUGGCAUCCAAAUUUGGUUCGAAUGUAAAAUCAGUGUUUUACACAAGUCUGUCAGCCAAUUACAGGCCAAAGUGGACACGUUUUUAAAUUUGUCGAAAUAAUCAGUCGCAGUUUUGGAAGAUAAUUAUCCAGGACCAUUUUUUUACCUUCAAUUUUGAAUUUACAUGUAACAGUUUCAUCGGUUAAAAGCUCUGAUGGUUAGGCUGAAAAUUGAUAUAAUGUUAAUAGUGAACCAUCUAACGACAUGCGUAUAUGGGUCAUUAAAAUAAAAUGUCUAAAUCAUAAAUUUGAAUAAAUGUUUCCUAGUUUAUAUAUCAUUCUCCUUAUUUUGUCUAUCGUAUUUUAACUAAAGUAACAGUAUAUGCAGUAUUUAAACAGUUUAGACAAUUAAUACCACAUCUCCUUAUUCUUAUAUCUAAAUGACAAAUAUAUAUUACUUCAACGAAAUGAAGUUACACAGGCUGUAUGCAUUUUUGUUCUUCAAUUUAAACAACUAACUCAUACUUUCUCUUUUGCAUCAAUUUUUGUUGCAGAGGUUUCAGAAAAUUUUGUCACCUGCUAUUCCCUUUUAUUGUGUGCUUAAUUAUCAAAGAUUACAUUUAAAUAGACAAUGUACUAUAGAACCCUCUGACUGAUCAAGAACAGGUAAACAUUACUAUCGUGUAUUUAUACAUUUAAAUUACACAUAUAUAAACAGAUCAAUACUUCAUACACAUUUUCCAGUUGUGUAUUGUAAAAUUAAUGUAAACACAACAUGGUAAUAUGACAAAUGUUAUAAUACGUGAACCAACUAAUUCUAAUAGCAAUGUCGUCACUACAAAUAAUGAGGUUCCAGUCAAUAUUCGGACCAUGACAAGAAGCGAAAAUGAUUGUAAAUUUGUUGCAGACCUAAAGGUAGAAGCGAAAAAGGCCGAAUACAUACAUGCUACCAGUGCAGGAAGUAUAAGCACCAUUAAGCGAAUCACGGAAAGAAACCACGAAGAACAAGAUGAUUGGUUCUACGAACGCAACUUUAUAGCAGAGUACAAUGGUGACCCGGUAGGGAUAUUGACAUUAUCAUUUCCUGCAGAUAUGAUCCCUGUAAAAAGUGAUUAUGAAACAGAAUUUGGAUGUACCGAUCUAUGUGGAUUAUCCUGUUUGAACAAUGGUCUUGAUGAAACUGUUGGAGAAGGUAGUUUAUACGUCAACUAUAUCUAUGUAAUUGAAACAUAUAGAAUGAAAGGUAUAGAAGAGCACUUGUUGCAGAUGGCAUUGAAGGAAGCAUUGAAAAAUAAUAUAUCAGUUAUUUUUCUUUACGUCGGAUUCGGUAAUUCAUAUAAAAACCUAUACUUAGAUCAAGGAUUUGCAAUAGUUAACAAAACAUGCUGCUGUAUUUGGUGUUCUAUGGGUGUUUGUGGUUUUUACAAAAUGGAAAAGCGUCUGGUUUUGUAGCCAAAGAUGACAUUAACUUGGUUUAGAAUAGGCCAUUAAGAUAACAGAAUACCGCAAAAAGUAGUCAGACGAACGAAAACAAGAAAAUUGAUUUUUAGUUAUUUUUAAUUGGAUAGUAAAGACCAUCUGUUCAAGCGUGUAAUGCAAAUGAAUACGUCUAUGUCCGUUUGCUGCAACUGCAUUUUCAAUUUACAAUAUGUACAAUCCUUUUUUAAUAUAUUGUGAUGAUUUUUUUAUAACUGUGCAACAUAGAAUAUGUCGUUCUGUAAUAAUGUGUAUUAUUUUUUACUAUACAAUAAGUUUUGUAUCUAGCAUUA